AUGGCCUCACUUCUACUUGACCUACCUAAAGAAAACCUGUCAACAUGGAUCGCCCUAACUGCUUUGGCUGGGCUCACGCUUUAUUACAUUCGCCUGAAACUGUUGCCAAAACCGAUACCAGGCAUCGCGUGCAAUGAUGGCGCAGACAAGUCGGCUUUUGGUGACAUGCUUGACUUUGCACGUCAUGUCGCGACCACCAGUGAGCCGAUGGACUGGUUCCGAAGGCAGGCCGAGAAGCACCGGAAGCCGCUCCUGCAGCUCUUCCCGCGUCCAUUUGGGAAGCCUUUCGUGUUGCUUUCCGACUUUGGAGAGGUACAGGCUAUGAUGCUGAGCCGCAAGAGCACCUUCGACCGUUCCAGCCUGUUUCGUGACAUACUUGGCGGUGCCGGCGAACACCACCAUAUCCUGAAGAAAUCUGGCAAGGAGUGGCAGAAUCAGCGCAGCCUGCUCGCAGACUUGAUGGUUCCUGCUUUCCUACACAACGUUGCGGCGCCGCACAUAUACACAGCCGUGCACAACAUCAUCGAUCUUUGGGAGGCGAAGACGCGAAUAGCAGAGGGCCGUCCGUUCAGAAUCGACCUGGAUAUUGACUAUCUGGCUCUGGACGCGGUGCUAGCCUUCACGUAUGGCGACGCCUACCCGCAAAGAGCUGUGGUCUCGCAGAUCGAAGGCCUCGAAGCUUUAUCUAACAAAGACAUCCUAAGUCUACGCAAAAAAGCAGAAAAGCUUGGCCAUGAUUCUUCAAUAGACUUCCCGCCGGUACCGAUUCACGAGGAUAUGGAUGCCAUCCUGACGAUGGUGCAUAUGGCGGAGACUCUGCAGUCAAGUGUGUUCCCAACAUUCACGUGGUGGUGGCUAAGCAAAACACCGAAAAUUCGCAAUGCCUGGGCCAGACGUGAUGGAUUAGUCGCCAGCCAGAUUGCGAAGGCCGUGGAUCGUCUCCAUAAGAAUGGUGAAGACGACACCUGGCUUCGAAAUGCUGUUGAUCUGAUCGUCAAUCGAGUGAGGAGUUUCGCAAAGAAGGAGGGCAUGGAGCCAAGUUAUAUCAACCCCAUGACUUUGGAAGAGGUCUUUGGGUUCACUAUGGCUGGCCAAGAAAGCAGCUCCAGCACUCUUAUAUGGGCCCUAAAGUAUCUCACGAAUCACCAGAAUGUGCAGAAAAAACUCCGCUUUGUGCUGCAUGCAAGCCACAAUCAGGCACUCGCCGAGAAGCGCGAGCCGUCGGUCAGCGAUAUCACCCAUACACAGAUCCCUUAUCUAGACGCCGUGAUGAAUGAGUGUCUCCGACUUGGCUCACCCAUCCCCUUCCUGGCACGCGACGCUGAGGUCGACACAGAGAUCCUGGGGGUGCAUAUCCCCAGGGGAACAACAGUCUUCGCCCACACGCUCGGCCCAAGUCUCAUGACACCGACACUAGACAUUGAACCAGAGUUACGCUACAAGACUGCCCAGGGUUCGCGGACCGGGGAGUGGGAAGACGAGGACAAGCCCAAAUUCCGGCCUGAACGCUGGCUAGUCGAGAGCCGCGACCCAAGAACUGGCGAGACGACCGAAGCAUACGAUCCUAACGCAGGUCCCUUUUUGGCAUUUGGUAUAGGCCCCAUUUAUACGUACAAGGAGGGUGGUGUAUUGAUCAACUAG